GGAAGUGCGCCCGGAGUCGGCGUCGCGGGCCGAGGGGGAUUGUGAGGAUUAGAAAUGGCGUGAACAGGGCCUAAUAUGGAGCUGCUACGUAGUGUUGGAGAAAAAAUUACUCAUAUGCUCGUUGAAGACGGGCCCCUGUGAGAGCCUCCGUGAAGCCUUGGUCUUCCCCAGCGACAGCUCCGCCCCAGAAACACUUCACCUAAAAAAGGAUUUGCCAAGCCAGAGGAUGCCUGUCGAGCUGGGGCAGGCCCUUGUCCUGCCACCACGGCUGGCGAAGGCCGAGGAUGCCCCAUUCUCCGGACCAGAUGCUGCCCCUCGAGGGGAGCUCUCUAACCCCGAGGCCGCACGCCAGCUUUUCAGGCAGUUUCGUUACCAGGUGAUGUCUGGGCCCCACGAGACGCUGAGACAACUGCGGAAGCUCUGUUUCCAGUGGCUGCGGCCAGAGGUUCACACGAAGGAGCAGAUCCUAGAGAUCCUCAUGUUGGAGCAGUUCCUGACCAUCCUGCCUGGGGAGAUCCAGAUGUGGGUGCGGAAACAGUGCCCUGGCAGCGGGGAGGAGGCCGUGACCCUUGUGGAGAGCUUGAAGGGAGACCCCCAGAGACUGUGGCAGUGGAUCAGCAUCCAGGUUCUAGGACAGGAAAUCUUGUCAGAGAAGAUGGAAUCUGCAAGUUGCCAUGUGGGGGAAGUAGAACGCCAUAUUGAAGUGGGGCCUCAGGAGCUGGGACUUCAGGACUCACCCUGCAGGCCGCUGGAGCCUCCGAGCCAUCCAGUGAAAGAGGAGUCUGACAUGGAGCAAGAAUUAGUGAUGGCUGCUACCCCGCCUCCUGGCCCACCAGAGGAAAGGCUCAUCAGAGACCAGGACUUCGGAGCCUCCUUUUUCCAAGCAGCACCUCUGGAGGAGUGGAGGCACCUGGAUUCCACUCAGAAGGAGCAGUACUGGGAUCUCAUGCUGGAGACCUAUGGGAAAAUGGUCUCAGGAGGUAUUUCCAGUUCCAAGUCUGAUCUGACUAAUUCAACAGAAUAUGGGGAAGAGCUGGUGGGACUGCACCUUCCUGUCGGCGAGAAGAUCCCAAGACCCACCUGCAUAGGAGACAGGCAGGAGAAUGACAAAGAGAACGUGAAUUUGGAAAAUUGUAGAGGCCAGGAAGCUUCUGAUGUCUCCUGUCAAGCGUCAGGUGAGGCACCUUCUCAGGCUUCCUUGGGUGGCCUCGUCAGUGAGCAUGAACCGAGAUGCUUUGGAGAAGGGGACAGUCUCCCCGAGGCUCUGGAAAACCUUCAGGGUGAGGGGCCAGCAAGCCAGCUUUCGCCCCACGGAAGGAAUUCUGGGAAACCGCACUUGGCUAAUCCCCAUCCGGAAGAACUGUCCCUGCUGUGGCUGGAGGAGAAGAGAGAGGCCUCUCCAAAAGGGCAGCCGAGAGCCCCCAUGGCCCAGAAACUCCCCACCUGCAGGGAGUGUGGGAAAACCUUUUAUAGGAAUUCUCAGCUGGUUUUCCACCAAAGAACUCACACCGGAGAGACGUACUUUCAGUGCUCCACCUGCAAAAAAGCCUUUCUACGGAGUUCAGACUUUGUGAAGCAUCAGAGGAUCCACACGGGAGAGAAGCCUUGUAAAUGUGAUUACUGUGGGAAAGGCUUUAGUGACUUCUCAGGAUUGCGUCACCAUGAGAAGAUCCACACGGGAGAGAAACCCUAUAAAUGUCCCAUCUGUGAGAAGAGUUUUAUUCAGAGAUCCAACUUUAAUCGACAUCAGAGAGUUCACACAGGAGAGAAACCUUACAAGUGUUCCCGCUGCGGGAAGAGUUUCAGCUGGAGCUCGAGCCUUGAUAAACAUCAAAGAUCCCAUUUAGGAAAGAAGCCCUUUCAGUAGUCAGGCUCUCUUAGCCCAGUUCUGGCUCUGGUCCUUUUAAAAAUAUUUCGUUCCAUCUGGAGAAACUGCAGCUCUUAAAGACCAGCCCUGUUCUCUCUUUUUUUUAUCAUCAUGGAUGAGAGAGGAGAGUUACCUGAACACGGCUUUGGACUGGGAGGACAUGGUGGCUUCUGGGUUGGAUUUUGCCUUGGUUUAUUUUCUUGCUUCUGUGUCAGGAGAAGGAAUAGUCUUCGUCUUUCAGCUCAUUUCUUGUUU